AUGCGCGGUCUGCUUCCUCCCGCCUUCCCUCUCACGAAUGGUGCCGCUCAGGUGACUGCUCCUCACCAUGGGGCCCCUUUCCCCACCGCCGCUGCCCACGUGGAGAGCGAGAUCCUCCCCUCCGUUGCCCUUCCCAGCGCCGCUGCGGCUCAGGUGAGCGGUCCUCCCCGUCCCGUCCUCCUCCCGGCGCCCACGGACGAGUCGCCGCGCGCACCCCCUUCUCUUCCACUCCUUCCCACCUCCCUUCUGUGCCACCGGACCGCCCGGUCCUCGGCGGCGGUUCCUUCAUCGAACGUGAGCCUCCCUCUCUCGGCUCUCCACGUCAUUGCUCGGCUCCAGUCUCCGGCCUUCCUGCGGCAACACAUCGCGGGCAUGGUGCCCUCCCAGGCGGUUGGGUGCCGUGGCACGCGGCCCUUCCGCGCGUACCUCCCCUUCCCCCACCCUUGCUGCCGCCACGGUGUCGGCAUGUUCCGCGCUGGGCGCGAGCAAUUCCUCCACGGUUCCGCUCAGGACGUGGGGUACCACGCGCGUCUGCUCGUCGCUGUCCUCCUGCGAGUCGUCGUCCUCCUGCUCGUCGCCGAGCUCCCUCUAGCCGCCGUACUCCCGCUCAUUGUCGUACUCUUGCUCGUCGCUGUGCUCUUGCGCAUCGCCGAGCUCCCGCUCGUCGCCGUAUCCCUGCUCGUCGUCGUACACCGGCUCGUCGUCGUCCUCCCGCUUAGCCUCCUCGUCACUCUCCUCCCGCAUCCGUUCGACCUGCGGAUCCUGUUCGACUCGGCUCACGCCCAAGCCUUGUCCCCAUUCCCGCGGGAGUCUCUCCCUCCCCCGCCAUCGACCUCGCUCAUCCCGUCGCCGCCCUCCCGCUUCCGGGGAGCGGAACACCCCUUCAUCGCGCGGAUGGCGGUGUUCGUCGCUGCGCAAGUGGAACGUGUUCCUCCGCCAUGGCGCGCCGCUCGUCGAUGCAUCGAGUCUGCCACCGGUUCCUACGUCGUGCGUCGUCUCUCUCCCUCGGCGGGCCGGCACGACGGGAAUCCUAUCUGCUUGGAAGGCCGGCCUUCUGGGCGCUCGCUCUAG